AUGGCGGAGCAGAUGGCAAAUAUCCAAGGAAAUGUCCAGAGCACCAACCAGAACGAGCUAGUUCUAGAUUCCCUAGCGAGCAAUAUUACCGAGUUCACUUACGAUAUGGAAAAGGGAUGCUCAUUCGAUGCAUGGUUCUCCAGAUAUGCAGAACUUUUUGAGAAGAACGCUGCCAAAUUGGACGACGGCGCGAAAGUACGACUAGUGCUUCGAAAGCUCAACCCCGCAGCACACGAAAGGUACACUUCGUUCAUUCUUCCCAAACUCUCAAAGGAAUUCACCUUCGAGCAAACGAUUGCCAAAUUGAAAACCAUUUUCGGCAGUCCGGUUUCCACCUUCCAUCGUCGGUACCAGUGCCUCCAGACGGCGAAGGGGGAAAAUGAAGAUUUCAAGCUGCAGGAGCUCAAAGAGGACCAGUUUAAGUCCCUUAUUUUCGUGUGCGGGUUGAGAUCAUCUAAGUACGCGGACAUCCGGAUGCGCUUGCUGUCUAAGAUUAACGAAACACAGGACAUCACACUGGAGAAGAUAGUAGAGGAGUGCAAAAGCAUGAUUAAUUUGAAGAAAGACACUUCGCUAAUGGGCAGUCAUUUUGCCUCCGCUGCUGGCACUGUUGCAUCGCAGCUGUUCGAGCAAGUACCCCACGACAACCGUCACAAGAAGAAGUUUGGCGGUAACAAAUCCGACACACCGAAGACACCGUGUUGGUCAUGCGGCGGCAUGCACUUCUCUAGCCAAUGCAGUUUCAAGACUCACAAGAGCCGUGACUGUGGCCGCACCGGCCAUAAGGAGGGCUACUGUUCCUGUUUCGCAUCCAAGCCGAGUUCUAAAUCGUUCAAGGGAAAGCAGAAAAACAAAAACCACCACGCAUCCAGGAUUGUAACCGUAAAGAACGUGAUGCACAGCCGGCGCUAUGUGGAGACGGCGAUCAACGGAGUUCCGGUUGAAAUGCAGCUGGACUCGAGUUCGGACAUAACCAUUAUAUCCAGGCAGAACUGA